UUAACCUCCUAACAACAUUCAGAUCUUUAAAAAAAUUGCUUGGAAAACAAUGGAAAGGCAAGGAUCCAUUUUUCUUGCCGUGAAACUCUACGAUUCACUGAUACUAUGACCUGAAAAAUCGUCUCCAUUGCCACAAACAACCGCAUCUCUCUCUUCACUAACUAUUCCGAAAAGAGUGAAUUUUCCGUGUAGAAGAAGAUGGACAAGGAGAAUAAACAUGGACCAUUGUACUUUGACCUGAAUACGGGUGCUAAAAUUCCAUCUGUUGGAUUGGGAACAUGGAAAGCUGAACCGGGUAUCGUUGGUGACGCUGUGAAAGCUGCUGUCAAGGCUGGUUACCGACACAUUGAUUGUGCCAAAGUUUAUAAUAAUGAAAAAGAGAUAGGAGAAGCAUUGAAGGAAUUGUUUUCCUCUGGAGUAGUGAAGCGAAAUGAGCUUUUCAUCACAUCAAAGCUGUGGUGCUGUGACCAUGCUCCUGAAGAUGUCUCAAAGGCAUUGAGCAAGAGUUUAGAAGACUUACAACUUGACUAUAUUGAUCUUUAUUUAAUACAUUGGCCAUUUCGUACAAAGGCAGGGAGUGAAGGCUGGGAUCCAAAAAUCAUGGCUCCCUUGUGCCUUCCAGAGACAUGGACUGCAAUGGAAGGCUUGUAUGCAUCAGGUCAGGCACGAGCGAUUGGGGUUAGCAACUUCUCAACUAAGAAACUGCAAGACCUCCUCAAAUAUGCAAAAGUGGCUCCAGCAGUUAAUCAAGUGGAAUGCCACCCUGUUUGGCAGCAGUCUGCACUGCAUAAUUUGUGCAAAUCUACAGGAGUUCAUCUCUCGGCAUAUUCUCCUCUAGGAUCUCCAGGGUCUUGGGUUAAGGGAGAAAUCUUAAAGGAACCAAUACUAAUUGAAAUUGCUCAAAAGCUUAACAAAUCACCAGCACAAGUUGCCCUUCGCUGGGGUAUUCAAAGUGGUCACAGUGUCCUUCCAAAGAGUGUUAACGAAUCAAGGAUCAAGGAAAAUUUAAGCUUGUUUGAUUGGUGUAUUCCUUCAGAAUUCUUCUCUAAAUUAUUAGAAAUCCACCAGCAAAGGCUCCUUCGAGGGGAUUUUGCAAUACAUGAAACUCUCAGCCCUUAUAAAAGCCUUGAAGAAUUGUGGGAUGGAGAAAUAUGAGAAGAUAAAAUUACAGUAGUCUCUCUCUAUAUACAGUUGUAGCCGAGCCAAAUUUUACAUUGACUAAGCUUGGUUUGUUUAUGUGUCAUUCAAUCUUGAAUAGCUCAAUAUUGAUUUUUAAAUUUUUGAGCUAGCUCAAACUUUUUCACGAGCUUAUUCAAUUAAUCAAAAUUUUAAUUUUUAUAUA